UAAGAAGAACAGUAAUGAGAAAGCCCAGAGAAGGAGAACAUCUACGCAUAACAACAUUAACUGAAAAACCAAUAUUAAAAUAACUCAAGGGUCCGAAUGGAUGAGACAGAAAGGUACCAGCAGAGGGUGCAGGCCAUUGCAGAGAAGAGGCGAAUUAAGGAAGAGGAGGAGAAUGUCAGGAGGAAGACUGAGGAAGAACGCCUGAAACUUGCUCAACACAAGAGGACAGUUCUGAGGAAGCAGUGGCUGAUGGAUCCAACCCCUAGCAGUGCUGAGGAUCCUAAACUGCAGUCUGCCAUUUUGACUUCUCAAACAAACUCAGAGAGAGAGAUGAAAAAAGAAGUAGACCAAACUAAGAACAUGGAUAAAGAAACAUCACAGAUUGGGGAGAAUGAGCCUUUAAUUCAUUCUGCAGACAACAUAGAGAAGCCUGUCGAGGCCUACCUGGAAGAGGAGAAGAGAAACGUGCUUGAGGUGUUGGAGGUAGAAGUGAAGAGAGACCUGCUGUCACAAGCAUCACAUGAGCAUACAGAGGAAAAGAGAGAGGUAAAGACAGAAGAGCCAGCAGUUCAUCAUUUAGCAGUGGCUCUACCCCACCUCUCAUUACAGCCCAAUGUGACACCAAAUAAGGCCGAUGAAUAUUUAGCUGGUAGAAAAACAGAGUUAAUGAUGCCAGAAGGUGGCAUUGAGGUAGAGGAGGAUGAAUGGGAGAUGGUGAACUGUGGUCCAGAGGAAGGACUGGACUUGACACAGACUCAUACAGAUUCAAGCUUCGGUCAUGAAGGUGAUGCAGCAGUUCUGAAGGUGGCAGAGGUCCUUAUCCUGGACGAAGAAGAGGAACUAGAUUUUGGUGAAUCUAUGGUACUGAACAUUGUUGUGGCUAAGAAGUCUGAUCUCGAAGACACAUCCUGUGAAUCUCAGUCAGAGAGAAGCACAGAGCAAACAACUUCCGACGUUGCAUUAAAGACUCUUAGUUUUGAAGAGGGGCCACAUGACGAUACUAUAGCUGUCCCUUUGCAAGAGCUGCCCAAUGUGUCAGGUAUCAUUUCUGAAGAGCCUCUAGUAGUCGUAGAUUUAGUAGGAUCUAAACUAAAUCUACCACACAGAACAGAUAACACAGAACACACAGUGGACAAAGAUAUAUCUGCAACUAGAAUUGUAAAGGCAGAAUGUAAUGAGGCAUCGGGUCCUAAAUAUAAAUGUGAAGUGGUUGAGUAUUUCUCAUCAGAUAGAAAAAAAGAAAAAUCACCAGCCUUGUUGCAGAGAGCAAUGACUGGACAAAACGUUAAGCAAGAAUCAGAAACAAACAUGCUGAUGUCUCCCAGUGUAACUCCAAAUAGAGCGGAAACGGUUACCUCAAAAAAAAAAAGUAAGACUUGUCUUUGUUGCACUGUCUUGUAAAUCAUCACUCAAAGGUUUUUUCUUCUUUUAUUAUAUUCCAUUAUUCCAUUUCUCACUCUGAGAAAUCUGAAUUAUACUGUAGUAUAUGAGUACAGUUUUCUUUCUGCAUGAUCAGUACAAAAUAAGGUU